CAGGAGUUCAUGACCUUCACGAGUCAGCUGAUCGUGGAGCGCUCGGCCAAGGGCAGCAGAGCUUCAGUCAAAGAACAAGAAUAUCUGUGCCACGUCUACGUGCGAAACGACAGCCUUGCAGGGGUGGUCAUUGCUGACAGUGAAUAUCCCUCCCGGGUGGCCUUUACCUUGCUGGAGAAGGUACUAGACGAAUUCUCCAAGCAGGUGGACAGGAUAGAGUGGCCAGUCGGAUCCCCUGCUACAAUUCACUACAUGGCCCUAGAUGGCCACCUCAGUCGAUACCAGAACCCCCGAGAAGCUGACCCCAUGAGUAAGGUGCAGGCUGAGCUGGAUGAGACCAAAAUCAUUCUGCACAACACCAUGGAGUCUCUGCUGGAGCGGGGGGAGAAACUAGAUGACCUGGUGUCCAAGUCUGAAGUGCUGGGGACACAGUCUAAAGCCUUCUAUAAAACGGCCCGGAAGCAGAACUCAUGCUGUGCAGUAAUGUGACAGCAGCGCGCAGAGGCCCCUGGGCCAAACGCCAGUCAUUCGCAUCAGAACCACAGUCCCUGGAGAAGCAGAGCCACCACGGGAAGACUCUGCACCCCUGGAGCCCUUGGCAGGGACCGAGGGGUCGCAGAACGGCCUGGGGGUGGGGAACAUUCAAAUUUACAUGCCUGGUGAUUUUUGGAAAGAUGGUUUGAGGCCCCCAGGGAUGUAUUACUGGGCCAGAUGAAACCAUAAACUCUUGAGUGACUCA